AGCCAUCUGGCAUACCAGGAGCUGCAGUUUCCUUGCCUUCCAUGAUAUAUACAACUUACACUGUCUUGUUAUUACUUGUGAAUGAUGUUCUUUCACUAUGAGAUGAUCUAAUCCAAGUUAGGUUUUACUUGGUAAUUGCAUUCAUGAAACAGAGAGGUUCAGACUUCAUUCUGCAUUGGGACUGCCUAGAAAUGCAUGUUAAUCCUGCUUUGCAUAUGAGAUCUUUUCCCUUCUACAGUUAGUUUAUAACUAAUCGAAGUAUUCAUUCAAAACCACAGUUAUUAAACCCGGACCGGCCCGGCGGGUCGACCCGGGACCCGGUCGACCUGGUGGCUAGACCGGUCCGGGCAAGGUUAAAAACCGGCUAGCGCAAAAAAACGGUCAAACCCGGUCGACCCAGCGGGUCAACCCAUGACCCGGGCGAGACCCGGCGUAUAUAUACAUUAACUUUCCUUUGAGUCGCUGGCAGCAAAAUGAUGCCCUAAUUUCCUAAGAAGAGCAGCCCGCCCCCAAUUUCCUUCUCUUUUAUCUUUUGCAGAACAAAUAUUUGGUUGAGAUUUCAUCGGAGAAAUUAGUGUUUAUUUCUACAGUGGUAUGCUUGUCCAAGAUCCUACAAAGGGUAAUGACGUGGAUGCAAUUUUCAAUCAAGCUAGACAGCUUGGUGCUGUUGAAGGGCCUUUGGAGAAUAUUAAUCAAUCUUCAAGCUCAAGUAGCUUUAGUGGAACUGGUAGAUUACUCUCAGGGGAGACUGUACCAUCUGCUCCUCAACAACCUGAAGCUGUUGUUCACAAUAUUGUUUUCUGGACGAAUGGUUUCACUGUAAAUGAUGGCCCUUUGAGGAGUCUGGAUGAUCCUGAAAAUGCAUCUUUCAUAGAGAGCAUCAGGAAGUCCGAGUGUCCGAAGGAGCUUGAACCAGCGGAUAGAAGGUCCUCAGUUCAUGUCAAUUUGAUUAGGAAGGAUCAAAAGUGCCCAGAACCAGAGAGGCAGCGCCAUGUUCCAUUCCAAGGUGUAGGGAGAACUCUAGGAAGCAGCAGUACUGCACUUGCAACUGAACCAACAGCUGAUUCUGCUCCUCUGAACUCUGCUCCAACCCCUUUUAUGGGCCUGGUUGUGGAUGAAACACUGCCAUCGACUUCAAUUCAGCUUAGGCUGGCUGAUGGGACCCGCAUGGUGACCCACUUUAAUAAUCAUCACACAGUCAAUGACAUUCGAUCCUUCAUAGAUGCUUCCAGGCCUGGGGCUGCUCUUAAUUAUCAACUGCAGUUGAUGGGGUUCCCACCUAAGCUUCUUACUGAUCCAACACAGACAAUAGAGCAGGCAGGCCUUGCCAAUUCAGUUGUUAUUCAGAAAUUCUAGCAAAAGCUGCAAGAGGGUUGCAUACUGUCUCUAGGCAUGAUGGAGCUGUUUCUUGCAGCAAGUGAACCGAUUUUAUGAACAUGAAGACCUUGAAUAUAUGUUUCCUUGUAUACAAAAAGGAGGGUUGGCGGCUGGUUGAUUGGAAAAUGGAGUUGAAUUUUGUGAUUCCAAAA